GAGGAGGCUGAGAGAAGGGGCUGUGGGCGGUCCCUGAAGGGCCUCCAAGGGAGACGCCUAGAAGAUGGAGGCCCAGAUUCUUGAGACGUUUCUCUUUCUGAUCUAGCAGGAGGGACAAAGAGCUCCUCCACUCCCUCAUUCCCCAAGAAGCCCCCCAGUCAACCCAGUUUCCGUGACCAUUCCGCCCUGGGAAAGCGGCUUCCCAGACCUCCUUAUCUAUUUUUCUUGAAUCAUGAGAGAUGAAAUUGCAACAACAGUUUUCUUUGUCACAAGACUGGUGAAAAAACAUGAUAAACUAAGUAAACAGCAAAUAGAAGACUUUGCAGAAAAGCUGAUGACGAUCUUGUUUGAAACCUACAGAAGUCACUGGCACUCUGAUUGCCCUUCUAAAGGGCAAGCCUUCAGGUGCAUCAGGAUAAACAACAAUCAGAAUAAAGAUCCCAUUCUAGAAAGGGCAUGUGUGGAAAGUAAUGUAGAUUUUUCUCACCUGGGUCUUCCGAAGGAGAUGACCAUAUGGGUAGAUCCCUUUGAAGUAUGCUGUAGGUAUGGUGAGAAAAACCAUCCAUUUACAGUUGCUUCUUUUAAAGGCAGAUGGGAGGAGUGGGAACUAUAUCAACAAAUCAGUUAUGCAGUUAGUAGAGCCUCAUCAGACGAUUCCUCUGGCACUUCCUGCGAUGAAGAAAGUUGUAGCAAGGAACCUCGUGUCAUUCCUAAAGUCAGCAAUCCGAAGAGUAUUUAUCAGGUCAAGCGUGUUCCAGUUCUUUUCUAUACCUUUUUUCUAUCUAAUUCUAAAAAGAAUGCACUCAUUAUGAAACAAAGAAGCAAAAAAACAUGGAAAGAACAAAACUGUAGAUUUUUAAAAGCCAGAAUCUUAAUAUUUUGGCAAAACUUUUCCUGUCUCCUUCACUGCACAAUGUAUUCCCUACACUUGGCUGAGCUUUUAGGAUCCACAUAAUCUUUUAUUGUCCUAUUUCUUCAUACGGUAUUUGAAGACCACAGGUUUUCUUCCACUUAAAUUCCUACAGAAUCAAAGAUUAAGAUUAGUGGGCUUUUUAUUUUUUUUUUUGUCAAUUGAAAAUACCAUGGCAUUUAUAGAAAAUUUGGAUUUAGGAAAGGUCAAAGGCCUAUAAAUUCUGCCACUAGAGCAGUUUUUCUCAACUAUUUUUUUUCUUCUGUUUAAACCAUAACCCAUUCCAAGAUAUGCAUAUUUACAUUUAAAAAGUUUCAUGAAACAGUGCUUAUCUUUACUAGGAGCAAUGCUCCCAAUGCUCCCAAUACUUCCAAUUAAAUUCAUUUGAUUUCAAGCAUCUAAAUUGAUUUCAUGACCCACAAUUUGAAAAACACUGAUCUAGAGAGAAUUCAUUAACACUGUAUGUAUAUAUUUGUUUGUAUGUUCUCUUAAUCACCUAUGUAUUAAAUGUUAAAGCAAUUAAAAUUUUAAUAU